AUGACGACUCAGUAUACAGCGGCGAAUGUUGAAGAAGCUGUAAAACAGUUUUAUUGUAAUACAGGAAUACAACAAGAUGUGGACAAAUGGCUCACAGCUGCUCAAAUCAGUACGGAGGCAUGGUCCUUCUGCUUUGAACUGUUGUCAAAAGACAAAGGUUAUGAAGUCCAGUUUUUUGGAGCCUGCACCCUUCAUACUAAACUUUCUCGAUACUGGCACGAAGUUCCCCCUGACCAAUAUGAAAGUCUCAAGAAUAAGAUUAUGACCAAAGUCAUGGAGUUUUCUGCUCAACCGAAAAUGGUGUUCACACGACUUUGUGUUGCUUUAGCGUCAUUAUUAUUACAUACAGCACCCGAAUAUUGGCCGGAUCCUAUUCAGAAUCUAAUCACAGUAUUUCAAGAAGGAGAAAUUCCUAAUAAUAAUGUGGUUCAGAGAUGUAAAAUUCUCUUAGAAAUUCUCAAAGUGAUACCAGAAGAGUUUUUUACAACAAAUUUAUCACAGAAAAGACGAGUUGCUUUGAGAAUCGAAUUACAAAAAGGGCUGAGGAUUAUUUUACCGUUAAUUCAAGGACUUCUGUCUCCAUCAACACCAACAGAAAUCUACAACCAAGCUUUAUGUACAUUCUCUAGUUGGGUCGAGUUUGGUAUUCCCAUGAAUGAUGGUGAAGAGAUAAUCGGUCAUGUCUUUCAGGCCCUGAAUAAUCCAGAACUAUUUGAUACAGCUGUAGAUGCUUUAGUCAAUGUAUUUUCACACCCAGAUUCACAUCGUUUCCCCUACACCAUCCAAAAACUCUUACCCCAGAUAGAACUUUUAAACUGUCUGUUUCAAAAAGCUAGAGCAGAGCUUGACAAUGAAAAAAGUCAUGGAAUUUGUCGCAUAAUUGUCACGAUCGCUGAAAAUCACACAAAAUUGAUCACUGACUCGGUUCUUAGUGAUGAUGUAACACAUAGAAAUAACGCUAUGCAGUUAGUUAAAAUGGUUUUAAGUUGUACAUCAUUGCCAGGUCAUUUUCCAGUAGAUGAAGGCUGCAGUGAUCAGACCUUUACAUUCUGGUAUGUCUUACAAGAUGAGAUCACUAAUACAGAUGGACCUAAACAAGCUCAGCUCUAUAUGAUUUUCCAGCCAGUGUUUUUCUCGUUAAUGGAAGUUCUUCUGGUAAAAGUCCAACGUCCUGAUGAUAAGGAAUAUGCGUCUUGGACAGCCGACGAAAAGGAACAAUUUCAUCGAUAUCGACAAGACAUUAACGAUACCAUGAAAUAUGUUUUUAAUAUUUUGAAAGAACCGUUAUUGGGGUAUCUGUGCAAUGCCAUCUAUGGAAUUGUGUCAAAUUCGACAGGAGCUUCCACUAAAUGGCAAGUGAUUGAAGCCAUUUUCUUUGUAUUUGGUUCCGUAGCUGAAAGCGUAGCUCCGAAGGAAUCUCAGCAUUUGCCCAACUUGUUUAAAAUGUUACCUCAAAUCCCCUUUACUAAUGAUAAACUCGUUUCCACGGCUCUAGAUAUGAUUGGAUGUUUUGGUGAAUGGAUGAAUCAUCAUCCUGAUAUGUUAGGAUGUAUCGUCCCCUUGCUGAUACGAGGAUUAGGGAACGCAGAGGUAGCAACGUCAGCCACGAUGGCUUUGAUAGACGUAACGAGAGAAAACCUGGAUCAUGUUCAACCGUACGCACAUCAACUCAUCUUAGCUAGUCAGACAGUACUGGAGUCGAAUACCCUAAAAGAGAGAGACAAUCUCAGACUUAUGUCUAGCGUUGGACAAGUUUUGACGGUGCUUCCAUUCCAAGAAAUCCUGCAAUAUCUGGACCGUAUCUUAGCGCCUCAUCUCCAGCAACUAGACCAGUUGAUAAAGCAGGAACCUUCUAUGGAAAUUAAACCUAUGUUAUUACUGAAAAUUAAGCUAUUAAGAUGGUUAUUUUCCUCGUUAAAAACUGGAAGGGGACAACCAUCAAAUGAGCCCAAGCCUGUGUUCACUGUCCUACGAAAGAUCUUUCCUCUGACUAGUUCUUUAGUUUCCAAAUGGAUAAACCAUACUCAUAUGGUUGAAGCAGUUUGUGAACUUUUUAGAGUUGCUUUGAGAACUUUAAUGGAUGAUUUUAAACCUCUUGCCGAGGAUGUGAUGAAAAUGUCGUGCCAGAUUUAUGAAGCAGUUCCAAGCGUUCCAGUUUUAGAUUUGUCAAAGACUUUGCUUCUAUUGUUCGCCUCUGAACACAGUCUAGCGAUGGUGUCACAAACACUGUUCGUUACUGUGUGUAACAAGACUCUAUCUUUCUGUCAGAAUCUCUCUAAAGAGUACACAGACUUGAUCGAAGGAUUUAUGAACCUGCUCACCAAAGUUCUGAAAAAAGACGACAAAAAAUAUUUGGUGCUGAAUAGUUCCAUCAGUCCGUCUGCCUUUUUCCAUUCUGGAUUGGUUGCCAUGUCACUUCCUGAACAUCAUACUGUACGAUCAGCAUGCUCAUUUUUAUGCGAGUUUCUUCACGUAGGUCAAGAAAAUCUACCAAUUAAACAAGUGAUCGAAGAAAAUGGCCACAUGCUGGUGGAUCGUAUCUUACAAGCCAUUGGUGGAAAUUCUCCAAGAGGGGUCAUUGAAUAUAUAGCAGACGUCAUUCUUUGUUUGAAUAAAUAUCAUUUUGAGUUUUCUCACCAAUGGCUGUCGGCCAUGAUAGAACAAGAUGGCUACCCUUCCCACUUUCCACAAAGGAAGGAAAAAGAGCAAUUUGUGAAGACUAUUUGUCUCGAACGAAUGAAUAAAGGUAAGAUUCGAGAUACUGUUAAGGAAUUUGCAUUAUUAUGUCGUGGUUUGCUAGGAACAGAAUAUGGUGCUCAGGCAGCUGCGUUGUUGUAA